UUAAUCAUCGGUUUUACGUCUGCAUUUAUGUCUUUUUCUAGAGAGUUAUUCCAGACUGAAAGCAACAACACAAGUAUGGUUUGUGAUACGAACGAAACGUCCGCAAGCAGUCAGGACUCGUGGAAUCAUACACUGGCAACCACCCCUGUAAAUAAUGCCUCUCUUGAAUUUGACUUUCAAUGCAUGAACACAUCAUCACUGACUGAUUAUCACUGGGAAAAGUACAUUUUUAUCAUAGGAACAGUAACUUUUGGCAUUGGAUUUGUUGGAAACAUCAUUACUUUAUUGGUUAUAAUCAAGCUGCCAAGGCUUCACACACCAACCUAUACUGCAGUCGCCUGUCUUUCCUUCUCUGAUCUGUUUGCUUUAAUGACUCGAUAUAUCAUGAUUUUGCCCGAGCCAGUAAGUUCAUAUUUUGAUGACCCUUCACGACAAUCUGUUGUUUAUGUUUUCAUUUUUCUAUUUUUACAUUCUGCAAAUUUUCAUAUGGUCCUGAUCUCCUAUAUUCGGUACCUUUUCAUUACACGGCCAUUUAAGAGUCUGAAAGUGGAUUGCAGAAAAAUUAUACAGCUUUCUCAAAUUAUCUGGAUAUUUUCUUUUACUAUGACUGGGAUAUACAGCGUUCAAGCGAUAUUAAGUAUAAACAAUAUCUUAUCUGAAAGUAUGAAAAACUGGAGCGAAUUAGUUUUUUCGGUAUACAUUGGGGGUCUCCCUCUCUUCGUGAUACUUUAUUUUCAUGUUAGACAAAUCUAUUGUAUGCACAGGCUGCCUUUAACAGAAAGAGAACAUAGACUUCGCCUUGUCCGUUCAAUGUCUGCAAUUUUGCUGGUGAUAUUGAUACUUUAUUUUUUGUCCAUUUCAUAUCCCUUUAUUUAUACAAUACUUGAUGCCUUAUAUCACACAAACACGGGAGGCCUGUCUUCCAUAGCAUUUCAACAAUUAUUUGAUUUCUUUCUUCUGUUCAAUAACAGCGCAAACCCUUUAAUCUAUUUCUUUUUUUCGCUCAAAUCUUCAAGACUAUUCUCAAAGAGAAGAAGAAAAUUCGCUAACUGUAGUAUUCGUUCACAAUUUUCAUCCAAUAAAAUUAUGGAUGAAAAUAAAAAGAAAACUUUAUUUGAUGUUUAGUUUGUGGAUGGAUAUGAAGGCAUUAUAUUAUUCUAUUAUACUCUCAUUUAUAUAAGUUGAAUCUGAUUCAUUGAGGAUCAUUUUUAGCCGGGCUCAUUGCUCUUAGAGCAAUGCCCGGCUCUUGCUACGGUGUUCAACCGGAAAUGCUGCUUCAUCAACGCUUAAUCAAAUUUACGCGUUAGAAUAUAGUACGUUUGCGCAAUCAC